CCCGGCCCUCCCCAUCUCUAUUUCUUCGCCCCCGUUCCUUUCUCUCUCGUCUCUCUCCUCUCUGUCUUCCUUUCCUGGCGGCGACGAUUGGUUGCGCGGAGGCGCGAUUCGCCACCUCUUCCUCGCCGGGCGCAUCGCCGGCGACGAGCACCCACCAGGCUCCGCUCCCACGGACAACUUGAGCUCAAGCGGAUGAGCAUGUGUGAGAAAGAUCAGAAUUUGCCCUGGGGAUACGACCUUUUUCGCGAUCCUUUUGCUCCUCCCGGGUACUAUGGGCCUCCUCCCGGUUACUGUGAUGGUAACUGUUGUAACCUCCAUUAUGGUAGAGCACAUCCUGAUGAGACACAGUUGCAUUCUUCUCAACUCACAUAUGAUUUGUACAACCCAUCAGUAGGCAUCUACCAUCCCGGAAGUGCUGAUGCACAUGAGCACGAGACAGUAUACAUAGAACCGUCUAAUUCCUCGCCAGGUUCCAGCGGUGACGGAAAUUUUGAGAUGGAGGAGGAAGUAGGGAAGAGGUUUUAUCCCAUGGUCCCAGUUCCUCAUGUCCCUAAAAUUAAUGGAGAAAUUCCAUCAGUCGAUGAAGCCACUAUGGACCAUGAAAGGCUGACAGAAAGGUUGAAGUUGUAUGAGCUGAUUGAACACAAAGUGAAAGGAGAUGGCAACUGUCAGUUCCGAGCACUAUCAGAUCAGCUUUACCAAACUCCGGAUCACCAUGAGUUUGUGAGAGAGCAGAUAAUUAACCAGCUUAAAACUAACCGUGACGCCUAUGACGGAUAUGUUCCCAUGGCAUAUGAUGAUUACUUGGAGAAAGUUGCACGAAACGGUGAAUGGGGUGACCAUGUGACGUUACAGGCUGCUGCUGACAAGUAUGGAGUAAAAAUUUUUGUGAUGACGUCGUUCAAGGAUACCUGCUACAUCGAGAUCCAGCCUAAGGUUCAGAAGUCCAACAAAGUGGUACUGCUGAGCUUCUGGGCGGAGGUGCACUACAACUCCAUAUAUCCCCAGAAUGGUGAGUAGCUGUGGUAUCGGCAUGCAGGGUCAUCGUCGCCAACAUGCACCAAGGUUGCAGACGACGAAGAAGAGGAGAUGGUGGCCGUUCUCGCAGCACCACCACCAUUGAUGGCGGAUGGCAGAGGGCUCAGGCGCAUCAUCUUCAUCUCUCUGGGACUGGGAUGGAUGUGGGCACGGUGGAGCUCGUCAUCAUUGAGGAUCAGGUGGUGGUCCUGGGAGCUAAGCUAUGGGGGGCCGUCGUCCAAAUGAUACAGGGAACGGCAUUAUGAUUAAUAUCCAGAGCAGAGCAGAGCAGAGCCCGACCCGAUAUAGAUACAUGGGAUGGGAUGGAAUGAAUGAAAUAAGCAUGAGAUGAGGAGUGUCCUCUGGUACAUAGUCGGAGUGGAGGGCCGGUGAAUGGCAACUAAAACUCUUGUAUUAUUGUUUGUAUCCAUCUACAAAUUUUGCCGGAAUGAGGCUAGAAUUACUGGGAAAUGAUUAUGAUAACCCUGAAGAAGGGAGGGCUUGUCUUUAAGGCCCAGUAUGUCA